UGCAACCGCCAACUGUCGAUAAAGCUCCGAGUAAGAAUACUCCAAUGUUAUGUGUGGCCUGUAGUUUUCUACGGUAGUGAAGCCUGGACUCUGAGAGCCAAAACACAGAAUUAUCUAGAAGCUUUCGAGAUGUGGUGCUACCGUAGAAUGUUACGUAUUAGCUGGAUACAGAAAGUUUCCAACGUGCGGGUACUCCAGCGUGUCGGCAAGAAUCGCGAACUGUUGCAAACCAUCAAACAGAGAAAGGUCGCCUACCUCGGUCACGUUUUGCGACACGAGAAAUACCAUCUUCUCCAACUCAUUACGAUGGGCAAAAUCGCAGGAAAGAGACGCGUUGGACGUAGGAAGAAGUCGUGGCUGAGGAACAUCAGGGAGUGGACCAACAUUGCCAGCGUUGAAGACCUGUUUCGCUUGGCGCAAGAUAGGAAGAAUUUCGCUAAGCUGACGGCCAACCUCCAAUAGUGGAGAGGCACAAGAAGAAGAAGA